AUGUCCUCAGAAAUAUAUACAAAGGCAAACUUACACCCUCAGAUUACUUCCUUGGAUCAUUUAUUAAUUAUUGAUUACAAUUUUGAUGCUAAUAAUGGAACUAAGUUGGCGCUUUUUGAUCUAGAUUCUACUCUUUUAAAAUAUUAUGAUAGUAAUAUUGAGAAAUUUGAAUACAUGUAUCCUUGUAUUCCUAAUAUGCUUAUAACACUUCAUUCUACUGGCUAUAAACUCUUUAUUGUGUCAAAUCAAUCACUAGCUAAUCAAUCAAAUGAAAUUGAAAAAAUCAAAAAAAAAAUUCAUAAAUUUGUAUGCGAUAUCAAACUUCCCUGGUUAAUUUUUAUUGUUCUUGGUCGUAAUAAAUACAGAAAGCCAUGUACAGGAAUAUAUGACUAUAUACUUAAGUUAAUUAGAGUUACACCACAAAAUGUAUUCUAUGUAGGAGAUGCUGCUGGUCCUAGACCGAAUUGUUAUUCGGCGUAUCACGAUAUUAAAUUUGCGUACAAUUGUAAGAUUAAAUUUUACACACCUGAACAAUAUUUUCUUAACAAAAAAGAAAAAUGUUAUUUUAAACAUUUUAACGUUACAGAUUAUUUACCCGAGAAACUUAAUAUUACUUUUGUACCUAAAAAGUCAAAAUACAUUUUUUUAUACGGUACAAAAAAAUAUAGUGGUGUGACUACUUUUAUUAAAAAGUACUAUUCAGAUUAUACUGUUACUUGUACACAGGAUUUUCAUGAUAAAAGUAUUUUUGUUAACUGCAAUGAUCUUACUUUUAUAAAUAAAAUACAAAAAGAGGCUAGUUUUUAUGUUUUAGAUUAUUCUAAAAAUAUUUUAACAUGGACUAAAGGGUUUUUUUAUGUCAGUGGAAUGUACUAUGAUAAGUCUUUUAAACCUGUAAAAAAGUAUGUACUUGAACAAUUGAAAGAUAUGCUUAUUAAUGUACCAUUUAUUUAUGACGAGGAGAAUUUUACAGAAGAACAAAGAAAAAUAGCAAGAUUACAACUUUGUUAA